GGCGCUGCUUCUCAACGGUCUGACACAGCCACGUGCUUUUUCGCCAUGGCCUGUUACUGCCAGUAGGCCCAAGAAAAGAGGAAAAAAAGAAGCGGGAUUCACAACUCUUUCCCGCGAGUCUGCGUCAGGCCUACGCAGACUCUUCAGGCGCGCUCCCUUUUUCUUCUUUAUUGUCAAUCUUCGAAGACAGGGCUUGACUGGCAAAUAUGGUUAUCAUGGAUGAUCGAAAUCCCUUGCGAGACACAAUUGUCUCCCCUCAGGCGUUCACCAUUCUGUUCCCCGUCAUCCCGGCAUCUCUCCGGCGGCGACUCCCCAGUCUGUACUCUUCGAUCCACCGAUCGAUCAGCUCAGGUGUCACCGCCAACCUGAAGACAAAUGUAGCUGGCGAGCAGUAUAGUGCUCCCGUGCACUCGCGAAUGCCGUCGUCGUCUUCCUUUCCGGAGUUAGAGUGCUACAAGACCCUGCCUGACCCCGCCGGGGACCUUUACCCGCGCCCUGCGACAGCGGAUAGUCCGAGCAACGAGCGGGACUCCUGCGGCUCGUCUGUAUCGGGGAAGUCUCCGGAUAUGAGUGAGACCACUACUGUCUUCGAUGAGAGUAGAUUUGGUGAUGCGUUUGGCGUUCCACCGUCGAGAUAUGAAGCCGAGUCGGGAUUGCGGUGGAAUAGAGUAAUACCCGCGCUGAGCUUGCUUCGCAAUGCAGGUUACGAAGCGCAACAGCCCCGAUGUGACGGCCGCCUAGCCCGUUCGCUGUAUAUCAAUGCCGUGGGUUAUCUGCUGGACGCCCUACCAGCAGAACUCACACAUGACGAGAUCGCAACCAUCCGGCAAAAUUUGCCGACAAGUAUCCAGCCGUCCACACUAGUGCCGCUCGAUGCAAGCCAGCCUGCAACAGGGCCCAUGAGGCCCGACACGAUGAAUCUAGACACGAAUUGUCCGUGUACCGCGUCCAAACGGUCGUUUCUUCAUCGUCUGCUUGCAUUCGUCAUCAUCCAGUUGUUUGUUCUCGUGCGGUACCUCAUACCGUAUCUGAAGUUACUCCUCGCCUGGGUCUAUCAGUAUGAGCGAUCUCACCGGGUCACCGAGCGCGUCAUUGCCACGACGCUGGACACGGUGGAUAGCUGGGGCAAAAGAAGCAUGAGCCUGGGGUCGACGGUCCUGGGUUUGUAUGACGGAAGAGUGCGCUCGACUAUGAUGAAUGUCACAGAUUGGUGGGUCGAAGGUAUUGCCGGUGGUAUCUAUGAGGGAAUUGGGGAGGGUAUGACAGUGUUGGGAAUCAUCUCACCGCAUACAAACCUGGAAAGGUCCUCAUUACAUCCACAGGGGAGGUAAUUCUGGAUCGGGUUGUAUAAACUGCCUAUUGUUGUGACGUGUUUUGCUUUUGAACUCCUUGGAGCGCCGAGUGCUAGCGUUCAAAUUGUAUGCAUGUAUAGAGAUAGACCGCAAUUUUCGCGACAUUAUGACGAACAAAGUCUG